CCCCAAUUCAUUUCUCACACCAUUCACUUAAAAAAAAAAAGAAAAGAAUCAGGACAACAUGAAUGAGUCCACCAUCACUGAAGCAGACAAAAGAUUCUUCCAUCGCAAUGGAUUCUUGAUUAAAGAGAAUGCUUUGGCCCCUGAGGAAAUUGGUGUACUGCGUCGGGAGGCCGAUUGUCUUUUGAACUUUCUCAUGUCAGAGAAUGUGGAUAUCAUGAAAGAUCUUGGUGGCAUCAUCGAACCGAUCCCGUGUGGAUAUAUUGACCCCCCAGAUUCGCAAAUGUAUAUCCUGUCCAAGAAGGCCUACACAAACAUCAGGAACAGAAUCACGGAGGAACCUGAUACAGUCGUGCCUGUGCUCUUUGGAAAGAUACCAGCGCUUGCAAGGCCUCUCUUCCCACCCGAGACUCGUGAUAACCCAUUGUGUUUAUUCAACGAGCAGUAUAUCAUCAAAUCGCCGAAAACGAGUUCCACUUCGUCCUUUGCAUGGCAUCAAGAUUCACAAUACAUGGACCCUUCUGCACAAAAGACCUUUCCUAUAAUUUCCUGCUGGGUAGCCCUUGAUGAUGUGACUAUUUCAAACGGGACGUUACUGAUUGAACCAUUUCCAAAGGUGUCAACUGGUGACCCUUCAUUUGCUGCUCUAGCCGAAAAUCCGUUGGAUAACAUAGAGAGUUAUCUUCAGUAUUUUCAGCAUUUGGCCUCAUGCUACGGCCCAGAAAUGGAUCGUGACAAGGCCAUGGCAGAAGUAAAGGCUCAAAAACUCACCCGAGGGCUUGAAGGGACUCGACAUGGAAAUUUAAUCGAGAUGGAGAAGCAGGAGUACCAUAACGAUGUUCCUCAAGGUGAAGGUGCAGGCGAAGGUAGCCGUGGGAUCUGUAGAGAUCCAUAUGUUUUGGUUGAGGCCCCUGCAGGCUCCAUUGUAUUUCUUUCUGGAUUUGUAAGGCAUUGUAGUUUCGGGAACGCGUCCUCGACUUUUAGACGAGUCUUUAUGCCGCAGUACUCGAUCGGCAAAGUCGAGUCUGAAGAUGGAGGGCUUAUAUCGCUUGCAGUUCCGUGUUCGGAUCAUUUGCACGGAUAGAAUGUGUACAGAAUGACCAUAGUUGCCAACACAGCAUUAAAGAAAACCCAGGAGUGUGACAAGUAUCACAAAAAAUAAAAAAAUGAAACGUCAGCC